ACGAACCAUUGGCGUUCCGCCAAUAUGCUCGAGGAUAUUGUCAAGGAUCCUGCAACGGUCAAAGGUGGUUGCGCUCAUCAUCUUGUUCGAGUAGUGGAAUGGGACAAAUGGUGAUCUCGACAGUGUGGGGUCAAAACUCGUCGGAUUUUUUAUAAAGUCGUGGCGUCUCCCCAAAAGUUUGCAGACGUGGGUUGUAAAUGAUUUCCCCCCCAGAGCCCCGUCACGCCAGCCAGUUUUGGGGGCAGAAUGGACACUGCUGACACUCUCCAACCAGCGACGGGUGGUACCAAUUCAUUCCCAUCAGAGGCAAAUGUGAUUGCCCCAGCGAAACGCAAGGUCAAAAUCCCGCCCAUAACGGCUCCUCCCUCCACUCACUCUGAGAUCAACACCUAUGACUGGCGCUAUGACCCCGACAUGUCCUUUGACGACAAUUACAUUGACCUGGCCUGUCUCGUUGCACGAAACAGUCUUUCGCAAAAGGGACAUAUGGGCGCCGUUCUCAUUGAACCUCCCUCCACAUUGAACACAGCGUCCAAUAUCCUUUUGCUAGCAACAAACGUUCCAGUCUAUCCACCACCACCUUCAAAGAAUAUGAAAGCGAGCGCAGAAAUCCACGCCGAGGCCAAUGCAGUCUCAUCGUGCGCUCGACAAGGGAUCAAGACAAGCGGAGCAUGGGCCUACAUAACAUUUCCACCCUGCAAAGAAUGCUUUAUGCUGCUCGUGUACGCAGGGAUCAAACGAAUUGUAUUUAGACGCAAAGUGGUGGCGGAGGGCAUGUGGGAUGUUGCAAAGGCGUGGGGUGUCGAGCUAGUAGAGCGCCGAGAUAUGGAACAAGAUGCCAAUGGAGCUGAAAGGUGUCGAGAAUGGGUUCGGAUGUGGGAGGAGAAGCGUGGCGAGCCAGACGGUAUAGAUGCAGCAGCGGCCAUCCCCUCCAAGCGAAAGAUUGAGAGUGUUGACAAUAGCCAGGUGAUGCCAAUAAAUGUUACAAAUGGUGCAGCCUGAAAAUAUCUUUUUUUGCCGUUCUCCUAAAGAACGUGUGGAAAGAUGUGAAGGCUCUUCAGUUUGGACUAGAAUGGCUAAAACGUCGACAAUACUGUUUACCCC